UCAUUCCGGAAGUAGAUCCCUGCGGGGGAGUUGGGGCGCCGGUUUGGAAAUUAGGGCCUGAGAUUGAGUUUCCGAGAGAGCCGGUGCCGAGUCGGUUUUCACUAUCUGCCCAGUUCUCUACGGAUUCGCUUGUGAAGCCUUUUCAUUUGGUUCUCUUUUGCAACGUGAGUGGCAUUGGCUCACAGUGAUUUCCGUGAGCGUCGCUAAAGGAGGACGAAGGACGGUGUGGUGGAGGCCAGGAAGCAGCUUGUAAAACUGGCUAAGCUCGAAAGCGUGGAUGUGCCUUCGCAUUUCCAAAUUUAACUCCGCAUGAUCAGCAUAUUUUAUUGGGCCUCUCUGGUCGUCCUGGCACUUUGUGGUUGGCCAUUUAUUUGUCAAGACACUGCUCGCUGUAGUUUGGAAAGAAACCCACAGCAUUCCAGCAUUUGUCUUGGAGGAAACAAACAAUAGGAAAAAUGUCUGUUUUCCCUAAAAUAUCGUUGAGACCUGAGGUUGAAAACUAUCUCAAGGAGGGCUUUAUGAAUAAGGAGGUAGGUCAGAUAAUAAAGAUGUUAAAUGAUGAUUUGCAAAAAUGCAAAUAUUUACAUUCUCGAGAAGUAGAAAACAAUCUAAAAAGUAAUCUUUACAGCCGUUAUUUUUUAACAUUUGUCUAUUAGAAUGUAAAAAAGGAACCGAUUUCGAAGUACCUCUGGGUUGGUUUGAACCACCAACCUUUCCAUUUGCACCACCCAGGGACUCCUAGUGUCUUUAUACAGGUAUUUCAUUAAGUAAUGCUUAGUGAGAUAAAAGGUGAAUAGGGUAUAACUUUUAACACUCAGGAACGAGAAAGAAGGAAAAAAAUGGGUCAUGUGUUUGGCAGUAGAUAUGGCACUGAAGGGUGGCAAAAAUAAGUCCUUGAGAACUAAAGUUCAGUUAAGAAGAUACACUUGCUUCUUAGAUCGCUUGCUCUGGCACUCUUGUGGAAGGAAUACUAUCGUUUGUUGAGUGCCUUUUAAAUGCCAUCAGUUGUGCUAAGUGAUUUGCAGGUAUUUACAUUUUACAAUCUUUUGAUAAAAGUUUUGUCCCCAUCGCUGCCCCUUGUUUCCUAUUCUGUAAAAAUGGGAAUGGUUAACAAUACAAGGUUGUUUUAGGGUGUUAAACAUAAGUGGAAGCGCUGGCACGGUUCCUAGCUCAUAGUAAAUCCUUAACAAUGUUGAUUGUUUGCUACGGCCGUGCUCAGUGUGUAUUGAAGUCUUUAGUGAGUGUUGAUUCUCUUCCAUUGCAGAGCCUGUGCUCUUUUCCAUUUUACCACGCUGCCUCUAGGCAACUUUCUUUUGUUCACAUUUUUGGUUUUCUAAUAAAAUUGCUUAAACAUUAUUUAUUUUUGAAGAUGUUACUGAAGCCAUGACCUUUAGAUUUGAUUUCUACAUUUUAUUUCCAAAGAUUAUGUUAAUGAUUUAAAUAUAUUUGAGGGAGGAAACUGUGGAAGAAAGAAAAUAUCUCUUGGUUUCAAGAGAUUUAAAAUAUUAGGAGCAUAUUAAGAGCCGUAGGACAUUGAGCAAUUUUUAAAAUGAUGAGCAUAAUUUUAUAAAAGAAAAUUCAAAUAUCUUUUUUUUGACAUUACCUGUGCCAACUUUAUGAUCUGCAAAAGAAAAGCCAUCCCUUUAUAAAAGUUAUCAAAGGGAAAGGAAUAUUCAGUUUUAAUAAAAUCAAACUAACCCUUGAGAAAGUACUAACAUUUGUAGGCUGGUGGAUUAGUAGUAUGGCAAGUGGUUCAUGAAGAUUCUGCCAUGCAGGAUAUUGUGAAAGAUGACAAAAAGGGGGCACAUAUGUGUCUCUUGAAAAGCUUCAGUUAAUUAUGAGGGAACGUGGUUACAUGAGUCUUUAUAGCUUCAUUUCUGACAGGUAUCUUUGCUACCCAUCUUUUCGGACUGUAUCUAUUUGGUUACAUUUAAUAAUACCAUAUUAAAAAGAUGAUGCCCUGGGGGAUCUUUGGAUGAAAGUGAGUAUCAGCAUUACUUAUUCUUCAAACAUUGGUGUUUAGAAGGCUAUUAGCCAAUUCACUCCAGGAUAUGAGGUUAGCAAAUAAAUAGUCAUACAGAAAUGAUGCAACAGUUAAUAAUGCAUUACAAGUAGAAUAAAAUCCUGAAUUUACAUUAAUAAGUGUAGGAGAUAUUAAUAUACUCAAAACGUUAAUAAUGUGAAGUUGAGACAUUUUUUCUAAGCCCUUUAUGUUAAGGCAUUUUGUUAGGCCAAUUUUGCGCAAGAAUUACCAUUCUCUUAGUUUUAAUAACACAGGCAGUACAACAAAAUGAAAUGGAACUGAACAAAUGCUGAAAGAUGUUUCAUUAGAUGAAACAAAUGUAUAAAUGUAAUUUGCUUAAUAUGUUAAAUUUAUAGAGUAAAAUCGAAACAUUAACUUGUUUUUUUCAGGUUGUAACUUCUUUAGGUAAACAAGAAGCUGAAAGAAAGUUUCAAACUCUGUUAAAUCACCUGUCACACCCUCCAUCCUUCACAACUGUAAGAGUGAAUACACGUUUAGCCUCAGUACAACAUGUGAAAAAUCUGUUACUUGAUGAACUUCAGAAGUGGUCUGGAGCUGAACCCACAAUAUCUCCGAGCAGUUUAAUGGAUUAAAUGUUCCUAUUCUUCAGCAUCCAGACCUUCAAGAUGUCUUACUCAUUCCUGUUAUUGGACCUAGGAAGAAUAUAAAAAAACAACAGUGUGAAGCCAUUGUUGGAGCCCAGUGUGGCAACGCAGUGUUAAGAGGAGCCCAUGUCUAUGUUCCAGGAAUUGUAUCAGCUUCCAAAUUUAUGAAAGCUGGAGAUGUUAUUUCCGUAUACUCUGAUAUUAAAGGAAAAUGUAAGAAAGGAGCCAAAGAAUUUGAUGAAACAAAAAUAUUUCUUGGAAAUGGGAUUUCUGAAUUAAGCCGCAAGGAACUCUUCAGUGGGCUACCUGAACUGAAAGGAAUAGGCAUAAGAAUGACAGAACCAGUAUAUCUCAGCCCUUCAUUUGACAAUGUACUACCCGGUUACUUAUUUUUACAGAAUUUACCAUCUGCUGUAGUAGCCCAUGUUCUGAAUCCUCAACCUGGAGAGAAGAUUCUGGACUUGUGUGCAGCACCAGGAGGCAAAACAACACACAUUGCAGCAUUAAUGCAUGAUCAGGGAGAAGUAAUAGCACUAGAUAAAGUAUCCAACAAAGUAGAAAAAAUAAGGCAGAAUGCUUUGUUGUUGGGUUUGAAUUCCAUCAGGGCUUUUUGCUUUGAUGGAACAAAGGCGCUUAAACUUGAGAUGGUUGAGGACACAGAAGGGGAACCUCCAUUCUUACCAGAAUCUUUUGACCGAAUUCUUCUUGAUGCACCCUGUAGUGGAAUGGGACAGAGACCAAACAUGGCUUGUAGUUGGACUUUGAAGGAAGUGACAUCAUAUCAACCGUUACAGCGGAAACUCUUUUCUGUGGCAGUUCAGCUGCUGAAGCCAGGGGGCGUGCUGGUUUAUAGCACAUGCACUAUAACACUGGCAGAAAAUGAGGAGCAAGUUGCCUGGGCCCUCAGAACAUUUCCUUGCGUUCAGCUUCAGUACCAGGAACCGCAGAUUGGAGGAGAAGGAAUGAUGGGAGCGGGCUUAUCAUUUGAACAAUUGAAACAGCUGCAGCGAUUUGAUCCAUCUGUUGUGCCAUUACCGGACACUGACAUUAAUUCUCUCAGAGAUACCAGAAUAGAAGACAUGAUUUGGCUGGCAAAUAAGGAUUGCAUAGGUUUUUUUAUUGCAAAAUUUGUAAAAUGCAAAAGCACAUAGGAAAAGGAGCCUCAGAAAUUAAAAUUCCAAACAUUUGCUGUGCUGGGUUUUUUUUUUUUUUUAAACCAGUGUUGUCAGGCCAACUGACUGAUGGCACGGUUGCUAACAAAACAGAAGGACUGUCAGCUGUUUCAACAGGGAUCAAGAGACACAGAAGAUGUACUCAAAGGGGUGGUAUAAGAUUAUAUUUUGUGUUUUUAAAAUAAUUUUUUCUUUAUGAAUUUAGCAGAGUAUAAAGAAAGGGACAUGCCUGUAGAUGUCUAGAACACAUUUUCAUUUGGGAUCUUGUGUUUUAAUUUGUAAAGAACACAAGACAGUUUUUUUUGUUAAAAGUUAGUGAAUUUAACAAAAGGAAUAAAAUUGGCA